AGCGGCUGGUUUUGCGAGAGGGCGCGCUACAGGUGUCGAAAUCCUCGUGUGUGGGUUUUUGUUUCAUGACAUUUUCGUCCAAGAUUGUGGCUUAAAAAUGAGUCUCCCGGCUUUUAUCGAUGUCGCUGAACAAGAACAGGCAAUGGAGCUCAGGUCCUUCCUGAAGUCUCAAGGCGCCGACAUAUCAGAAGACCCCACAGAACAAAGGAUUGAAGAUGAUUUAGAAAAGAUCAUCCAAUCCGCUGAUGUCAUCUGGAAAUUGACCGAUUCCGCAGAGAUUGAAGGCGUCUUCAACAGUAUCUUAUCAUUACUGAUCUACCAACCCCCGGAGUGUCUCAACCAGCUCGGUAAACUUCUCAGUGACCAUUUAGUCUCGGCCGGAGAGGACUAUGCAGAGGCUAAAUUAAGAAUACUCAGUAACUUAUUUUACGGCGUCGGAGUAGAGAACUUACUUUGCCAUCACAUCUACUGCUGUAUGUUGAAGGUUGCCGCCCGAGGGCAAAACGCAGAUCACGUCGAGACGGAGCUGGAAGUGGUAAAGAAAUGGAUUAAGAAGUGGGAUUUGAACCGUGACCAGACGACGACCAUCUUACGGCUGCUGUACGAAGCUCUCAAAGAAGGCAAACAGACCGAAUCGUCCAACAAAGUAAUGGUUGAACUGUUGGGGACCUAUACUGAGGAUAACGCGUCUCAGGCUCGAGAAGAAGCUCAUAGGUGCAUCGUAAACUCCUUGUCCGACCCUAAGGCCUUCCUCUUUGAUCACCUCCUCACGCUCAGACCGGUCAAGUUCCUGGAGGGUGAGCUCAUUCAUGAGCUUCUGAACAUUUUUGUUUCGGGCAAACUUGAGGACUACAUGACCUUCUUCAAGAACAACCAGGAUUUCAUCAAGACACUGGGUUUAUCGCACGAUCAGAACAUGCAGAAGAUGCGCAUCUUGUCGUUUGUGAGCAUGGCCAUCGAUCAGAAGGAGAUUCCAUUCUCAACGAUCGAGAACGAACUCAAGAUAGAGACGGAGCAGGUCGAGGGCUUCAUCAUCGAGGUUGUAAAAACCAACAUGGUGCGAGCUCGCAUUGACCAGCUACAGAAGAAGAUCACAAUCAACUACGUGUUGUUACGCACUUUCGGCAAACAGCAAUGGCAGCAGUUGAGGGAACACCUGACCAACUGGCAACAGAACCUGAGCCUCGUCCAAUCACGGAUGGAGAAGAUCGUUCCUGUACCCCUCCCUUGAAAAGUGUAGCCCCUCCCCCUUUUCUUGUUCAAGGGCCCAAUUUCAUAAUGCUGUUGACAAAUUUCUUUUAUCAAUGUUAACCUAAUGUAAAUUUGGCGGUAACCUGUUUUCGUUAUGCAAUACUUUUCUGUGCUUAGAGAAAAACUGAGUUGGGCACCAGUCAAAACAAUGUUAACUUAAUGUAAUUUUAGCUGGUAACCUGUUUUUGUUAAGCAACACUUUUUCUGUGCUGACAGGCAUUAUGAAAUUGGACCAAGAAUUGUUGCACUGACCAAGCAUGACUUGUCAAAAAUAGUCAAUAGAGGGCAGUAUUUGUGAAUGUUUUUUCGUCACUAACUCAAAGAAGUAGAACCAUUAGAAAACCUUGAGGCCCUGACCUCUGCUUGCUCCUUGGUGCCCCAAAGGCUAAAUGUU